CGAACUAAUCAUUUCAUUUUUGAUAUGAUUAAUUAUUGUGUGAUUGUUUUCAGUUGAUUACAUUAAGUCUACAUAUUGGUUGUAUGAAUUAUGAGAUUCAUCAACGUAGCUAGGCACAACGACAUUGAUGUUUAACUAUGUUUUAGUGAAUAUUUAGUGAGAAAUUUGAUCAAUUAAAAAGCAAAUUGUUCAUCGCUAUUUGUGGAUUUCAAACAAUUUACAUAUGUAGUUCACGCUCGAUGAAUGCAAUACAAUGGCAAAUUUUGUUUAUAUAUUUACCACUUGCCUAAUUGUUGCAGCCUUAGCCCAAUUAAUAGUAGCGGAUUCAUCAACUCUAGAACGCAUAAAGAAACAUCAAGAAUGGCUAAACACACAUAAUAAACAUAAGUCGGAUCGGAAAAAAUUCACAAAGUGGAAAUCAUCUAUAGAGCCAGCAAAUUUAUGGCGCAUAAAUAAACAACCAUUAGGAAAACAAAAUUCCAGUAUAAAUGAGGUAUAUGUGGAGAACGAAACCACCUCGAUGAAAGCCAACGAUGGAUUGGAGCCAACGGUACCAUCGCAUACGAUUCUACUUCGUAACCUGAGCAAUGCGCGUCAGGAACACGUCAGUAACACUAUGUCAUCUAAUCCAACAGACAUCUCGACAACGUCGGCAACCACAACUACAACGACAACGACUUCGACUUCGAUACCAACAUUAGCUACACCUCAGGCAACUGAGCCGAUACCGACUCCAUCUGGGAGUCCAUCCAUGACUAGCACUAGUGCAACAACAACAACAUCCACAACCAAGAAGUCAAAGCCCAAGAUGCGGCCUUAUCCAAGAUGGGCAAGUUGGAGUCCAUGGAGCGAGUGUUCGCGGAGUUGUGGAGGCGGUGUGAUGCACCAAAUACGAAAAUGUAUUGACCGAAACUCUGCAACUAGCAAAACAUAUCCGAGUGACAGCUGUGUUGGACUAUCGAAGCGCUAUCAGUUGUGCAAUGAUGUGCCAUGCCCACUCGAAUCGGAUGAUAUACGUGCAUAUCAGUGUGCUGCUUACGAUAAAGUUGAUUUCCAGGGUCAACAAUACAGCUGGGAGCCGUAUAUAAAAGAUGAUGCCGAGUGUGAACUGAACUGCAAGCCGUUAGGCAUGAAAUACUUUGCCACUCUCAACGAUACCGUUAUUGAUGGAACACCUUGUCAACGUCCGGCGGAGUAUUAUCGAUCCAAGUCCACUUACGCGAGCCGUGCUAUGUGUGUCGACGGCAUUUGCAAGGCCGUACUGGCAAAUGGCUCCAUAAAAGGCUUGUAUGCGAAUAGUGGUUCAGUUAGCUGCGGUGGCUUGCUUUGCCGACCCGUAACUGGGAUAUUUACACGUGAUCCACUGCCGGAGGACGCCUAUGUGCAUGUGUCCACAAUUCCUGCUGGAGCCUCAAAUAUUUCGAUUACUGAACUUAAAAAUAGUGCAAAUUUACUUGUCUUGCGCACAAGCGAACAGAAGAGCAUAUUCAAUGGAGAGAAUGAAGUAUCUGAGAGCGGCUCCUAUGAGGCUGUUGGCGCUACAUUCGACUAUCACCGUAUCGAUGGCGUUCAAAAUGGAGAGGGUGUAACAGAAUGGAUCACUUGCACGGGACCUAUCAAAGACGCUAUAGAACUUUUGGUAUAUAGUAAUUUAAUGAAUCCGGGCAUUAAGUAUGAGUACUUGCUCCCAAUUGUAUCAGACUCUGAGGAGAACGAAAUGUCACUGGAAAGCAGCGAUGGCUUCUUGAAAUCAGGUGGUGGAAAUGAGGACGGCAGCUCGUCAAGUAGCCAACGACGCAAGCGAAAAUUCAACUGGAAAGUGGUUGGCUUUAGUUCAUGCACGAAAUCCUGUGGCGGCGGUACCCAAACCCCAAUUGUGCGUUGUGUCCGCGAGAAUCCUGUGCGUUAUUGGUCGCAGCGUCGUUGCAGCCACUCAGAAAAACCUGUCCUCAAUGAGAAUCUGCUGCACUGCAACACUCAGCCAUGUCCCGCCUAUUGGCGUAUGGAUGACUGGGGCGAGUGCCGUUGCCAGCACGGCGAGGCAGUGCGCCGUCGUGAUUUGAAUUGUGUUCAAGAGCUGGCAUCUGGCAUCGUGAUUCAUGUGGACAAAGCAGCUUGCAUGGAGGAACAGCCGCCCAGUGAGAAGCAGUGCGAGUGCCCUAAAGGUCGACGUCGCAAUUCCGGUCGAUAUCGCAUGCAUUCUCAUUCCGAUUCCAUAAAUGGUACACAUGUCGCUCGAAGCAGGACUCAAAAGAAAUUGGGUGAUGCAGUUUGGUUAAUGUCCGAGUGGAAUCAGUAUUGUUCUACUUCGUGUGGACCUGGUAUACAGUAUCGCACCAUUUUCUGUGACCGACCCAAAACUAAGGCCGAGCGUUGCGAUCCCCGAGACAUACCGGAGAAUAGGCGACCCUGUACUCAAACUGCAUGUGAUGUAGGAGACUGGUUCAUGGGCCCGUGGUCACCAUGUAGCGGAGAUUGCUUCAACCUAACCCGUAGUCGGCCGGUGCUUUGUAUUAAGAAUCAACUUAUCACCGAUGAUGAGGAAUGUAAGGCAGAUUUAAAGCCCCAAGUAAUGGAGAAGUGCUCACAUGACGAAGUUGCCUAUUGUGCGCCUCGUUGGCAUUAUUCGGAGUGGUCAGAGUGCACCAGAUCCUGUGACGGAGGCACUCAACGGCGAAGUGUCAAGUGUCUUGAGUACGACGAGAAGCUGAAUGCUCUGCGAGAAUCUACUAAGUGCAGAUAUGCGCUAAGGGAACACAUCUAUCGUAAUUGUAAUACGCAGAAGUGCGAAGAUCUAACUAACGAACUAAUCCAAAACGAUGAAGCCACGGAAUGCUCGGAUCAUUUUCCUAACUGUAAAUGGGCUGUACAGGCGAAGUUAUGCAGCUAUGAUUAUUAUCGCGAGAAUUGCUGUAUUUCCUGCACAAAACUCCAUUAAAUCGUAUUCGAUUAUAGAGCUCUGUUUAACAAAGUGUAGCUUUAUUUCACGCACACAAAAAUGAAACGAAAGUGAUCUUGAAGCAAAAUCUUACAUUUAUCCCUAAAGGUUCAUAACUACUCGUAAAUACAUUCAUAUGUAUAUCCAUAUAUUAAGUAUCAAUUUUUACCUAGCUGCAAAUUCUCAGUGUGGAUUCCAAUUUAACAUACGAACGCAUUUACAUAUUAAUUAUAUUAUUUAAGUACGGUAAAACAUACGUAAAACAAGAAAACUUAAUAUAAAAAAUAAAAACAAAUGUACUAAAAAUAUCUCACAUAUGAUAAAUGUUGAACCUGAUGUUGUUUGAAGUGCCACAAUUAAAGAUAUACAAUUUUCGCAUAACUUUAUAAUAA